AUGGCAGACACCCCUCGCAAACCACCACCAAAGCGCGCACAUCCAGAACACACCACACCCUCCGCCCCUGAGAGAACCCGUAGUAACCACACCACUGCCGCAACCAAUGAUCCAAAUGGCCCACGCGACCUUAUCUCCCUCGGGACAGUCCUCACUUUCGCCAAAGAUGAACUCCCCCCGCUCCUUAACACACUCGACGAAUACCAGUCCAACCUUAAGCAUAUCAUCCGCAUCGUGAAUAACAUUGAUCCUAAGAUCUCACAAGUCGAUUCAAAAGAGAUGGCGAUUCGCAAGGGAACUCCAGAACAACCCAUUUACACCGGUCCCGAUGGAGAGGCAUACCUCGAUCCUGCCCGUCCACCUACUCCCGAAAGCACCAGAGACGAGUUCUCUACAUUCUUGUACGCUGACCAUGACGACCCGCCCGAUCCUCGUUUCGAGCUACGUGCCAAGGCUUUCCUUCCGCUGCUCGAAGCAGUCAAGCACCGUCCUUCACAUAGAACAGUCGAUCUGAUCACUGGCAUCUACGCACGCAUAGAUGCUCUUGAGCACGGCACCAAGUUCGAGCCUUUUAACUCUAGGCACGAAUCUGAGCAUGACGCCAACCUAGUCUACAUCAUCCAGCUCCUCGAGGCAAUCGCCGAUAACUUUCAGCGCGACGAUUACCAACUUGACAAUUACGACAAGCAGGUCUUGCAGCAAGCUGCCGGAUAUUGCGACCAGCACCAAUGGCGUCGCGUAGAGACUACCUUGUCCAGACUGCUCAAGAACAUCAUGGGAUGCUGGGUGGAAGGUCAGAGUACCAUCUUGCUUGAAUCCGCCAUGCAGGCACACAACCUCGCAACCCGUAAGAAGAACGGAACUGGCAAAGCCCCUGCUAAAUAG